AUGACAGGAAUUGAAUUCCCUGUGAACGUCAAGAAAACUCUUGCCAGGCUGAACGCUUUGAAUCUGUACUUGUUGGAAAUCGGCUAUGGCCUAAACCGGGAUCGAACCUCACCUGAUCACAGUCUGCUCGACUGCCGAAGGACGCUGGAGCAACAGAAUCCACGUUUUUUCAGGAAUAGUGCAGAACCUUGUUUCGAAGACAACGACCUGAUGACGAGCUUCAACGCCCAACCAGUUCCCAACACCGGCCAUCCAAUUUUUAUACCUGCCCAUCAUCCUUCGGAACUGAGGAACUGGCACGCUCAAGCAAAUGUACCCACAUCUGAUUCCGUCGGCGACCAGUACAAUGGUGCAAGAAAGGCCGAAGAAUCAAAUCCCAUCACUAAAGCGGUGUCUGCUCCAAAUCACGAGUAG